AUGUCUGGCUGUAUUACUGUAUCUAUAACGUCUGGUUGUAUUACAGUAUCUAUAAUGUCUGGUUGUAUUACUGUAUUUAUAAUGUCUGUCUGUAUUACUGUAUCUAUAACGUCUGGCUGUAUUGCUGUUUCUAUAAUGUGUGGAUGUAUUACUGUAUCUAUAACAUCUGGCUUCAUUACUGUAUCUAUAAUGUCUGUAUGUAUUACUGUAUCUAUAAUGUCUGGAUGUAUUACUGUAUCUAUAACGUCUGGCUUCAUUACUGUAUCUAUAAUGUCUGGCUGUAUUACUGUAUCUAUAAUGUCUGGCUAUAUUACUGUAUCUAUAACGUCUGGAUGUAUUACUUUGUCUAUAAUGUCUGGCUGUAUUACUGUAUCAAUAAUGUCUGGCUGUAUUACUGUAUCUAUAACGUCUGGAUGUAUUACUGUACCUAUAACAUCUGGCUGUAUUACUGUAUCUAUAACGUCUUGA